AGCCUAUUCACUUUCACUCCCUACUUAUCUGAGCAUCCAAAUAGAACACGAAUAAGUCAUGAAUACCAAGGCCUUGGAACCAAUGAGAGGACCCCGAGCAGCUUGCAAGCUUUGUGAAGCUCUACUGAGCAAACCUGCGCGACAACGACGACAUUUCAGGCUUCCUGCUCGUUACCAGUCUCCUACACUUCGUCUCUUUCAUCCACAUCUCGAUGCCCCGACGGCCGCACGCAGAGCUGCAGAGCUAGGCCAAGCUAUCCUGAGUUCCGAUUCUAUUCCUCCAGAAGAAGAAGUAAUUGAAGCGCUUCGUUCAUGUGAGUUAGCUGCUGCUAUCGCAUCAGGGGCUUCCGAGUCGCCCACACAAUCCACGGAUCCCUCAGCAACCACUACUCUCCUCUCUCUCGACAACCGAGCCGACACCGCCUCCACAAAGGCCAUCCCAGACAUACUCUCGGAGCUGAGCUUCAGGAUCAUCUCCCAUCCGCCCGUCUUCAUAAACGCCGCAGUCCUUGCCUCCUACGUCAACACACAAUGCAUGCUCGAACGACCGCAAACACUCCCUGAAGCCUUCACCCUCUACGCACACAAGCCUGUCCCAACCCCUGGCUCGAAUCCACCUGUAUAUAAGGAGCCCAAUCCAGAUAAAAUAUCACAAGCCGUGCCCGAGGAUACUGCCGCCGACGCGCUCGAUGCGGCCAUCAUAGCGAAAGACCUCGAUCUCGCGCUCGCAAUUAUAAACUCAGCGUAUCGCACCAAGGCAUACAGGAAUGACAAGCUGUUCAAGAAACUAGGCGUCCCUGUAACAAUUGCAUCUCUGGCGCCCUUAGGUGUGUAUAUUAUUGCAACUCAAGCAGCAUCUCUGCAAGAUAUGGUGGAUAACUCGUAUGCGACUGGCGCGGCCUUUGCUGGAUUCAUGACGUAUUUAGGUGCUGUCUCCAUGCUAGGAUAUAUAUCUAUAACCACGUCUAAUGAUCAGAUGAAGCGGGUAGUGUGGCGACCAGGGAUGGGCCUUACAGAGCGAUGGAUCCGCGAAGACGAGCGCGCAGCUCUCGAUAAAGUAGCCAUGGCAUGGGGUUUCAAGGAGGACAGCAAGCGUGGGUUAGAGGAAGGUGCAGAAUGGGAUUAUCUGCGCGACUGGAUAUCUAAACGCGGUAUGAUCCUGGACAAAACGGACUUGAUGGAAGGCAUGGAAUAGUCCUUGUUCAAAGCUUAGAUCCAAAUAAAUAAAACUGAAAUAUAUA